CCCUCCUCCUCCUCAGCUGGUACUGAUCUAUGAGCUUGGGCAGAAAGAUGCUGCAGCAGGUCCUUAGAGUGUCAGGCAGAAGCGCCGGCCCCCUGCUGAGGGGCGUGGACAGGUGGGUGGACAGUCUGGGGUCCAGGCAGGUGGAGGACAGCAGGGUCAAGACCCUGAAGGAGAUGCCCGGACCCUCCGUGCUGGGCUUCGUCUGGGACCUGUUCGCCAAGCGGGGGCUGUCCCGCCUCCACCAGCUGCAGCUGGAGGGUCGUAAAAAGUACGGGUCGAUGUGGAAGGCGAGUUUCGGGCCCAUCCUGACGGUCCACGUGGCCGAGCCGGAGCUGAUCGAGCAGGUUCUGAGACAGGAAGGCCAGCACCCCAUGCGCUCGGACCUCUCGUCCUGGAAGGACUACCGAAACUUCCGAGGACACGGCUACGGGCUCCUGACUGCUGAGGGCGAGGAGUGGCAGAGUGUGCGCAGUCUGCUCGGGAAGCACAUGCUGCGUCCGAAAGCGGUGGAGGCAUACGACAGCACCCUGAACUCGGUGGUGACUGACCUCAUCACCAAGCUCGGCCACCGGAGGCAGCAGCACCCAGAUGGUGUCAUCAACGACAUCGCUGGAGAGUUCUACCGCUUCGGUCUGGAAGGGAUUUCCUCUGUGCUGUUUGAGUCCCGGAUCGGCUGCCUGGACCCGAUAAUUCCAGAGGAGACGGAGCAAUUCAUCCAGUCCAUUAACACCAUGUUUGUCAUGACCCUGCUGACCAUGGCCAUGCCCGCCUGGCUCCACCGCCUCUUCCCCAAACCCUGGCAAACCUUCUGCCAGUGCUGGGACUACAUGUUCCAGUUCGCUAAAGGCCACAUAGACCAGCGUCUGAAAGAGGAGAAGGAGAAGCUGGCGAGCGGAGAGGAAGUGCAGGGCCGCUACCUCACCUACUUCCUGUCUCGUGCUGGGAUGCCCAUGAAGUCUGUGUACAGCAAUGUGACGGAGCUGCUCCUCGCGGGAGUCGACACCAUUUCCAGUACGCUCUCCUGGUCUCUGUAUGAACUGUCCCGACACCCUGAGGUGCAGUCCUCGCUGAGGGCCGAGGUGCUGAGGGUGAUGGGGGAUCGGCGGGUCCCCACGGCGUCUGACGUGGCCUCCAUGCCGCUGAUGAAGGCGGUGGUGAAAGAGAUCCACAGGCUGUAUCCAGUGAUACCAGGCAACGCCCGGGUCAUCACCGACCGGAGCAUCAAAGUCGGAGGCUACCUCAUCCCCAAAAACACCCUCAUUACGCUCUGCCAUUACGCCACGUCCCGGGACCCCGCGCAGUUCUCAGACCCGGACUCCUUCGUGCCGCAGCGCUGGCUGAACCGGGAUGAGGGGAACCACCCAUAUGCCUCUGUGCCCUUCGGGGUGGGCAAGCGCAGCUGCAUCGGCCGGCGGAUCGCUGAGCUGGAGCUCUACCUGGCCCUCUCUCGGAUUCUGAUCCACUUUGACGUAAAGCCGGACCCAGAGGGCGGAGUGGUCAAUCCCAUGACCAGAACCCUGCUGGUUCCAGAACGUGAGAUCAACCUGCAGUUCAUCCAGCGCUGAAACGGGUUCAGAACACAGAGAGACACAGUGUAAUUGAUAAAGCCGACCCCUCGCUGGAGCAGAGAACGGUUCUAAACCCGGGAAGAACUCAGAACCUGCAGCGCUGCUGUAACGGAAACCCGAGACUUCUUAUCGGGACCACCGGGUCCUCACUCAGGACUAACUGAGGCCGGACCAACCACUCACAGAGUGCUGGCCACAGUAUCAGAGACGGAAUAUCAUAUGAAUGAGUGUGGAUGGGUUUAGUUAUGUAUAUAUAUAUAUACAUAUAAUUAUAUAU